CACAAAAGAAGUACCACAAAAUUGUACUUGGUACUCGGGUCAAUACUUGGUUACUUUUCACCAUUGGAAAAGACAGACUGAGUGGCUCAGUUUUCCAAAAGAUGUGUACAUAGUUAGUUCUUCCAGUUUCCUCAAUAUUUUCCUUUGAGACAUCACAGUUUAGGAAGUGUUUAGUCACUGUGAUGCUACUAUUGACGAUCACAGAGGUACAAGCAGGUCGCAUCCGUUGGAUAAUAGACUUUUCAUGUCCAUGACGAUAUUUUGCAUCGAAACAUCCCUGGGGACACAAAUAUACCCACACUCAAACACACACACGCGAUCACACACAGGCAACAUGCAGGAGUCAGAGCCCACAGUGUGCCAGCUGCAGCCCAACAUCAUCUCAGUGCGUCUUUUCAAGAGGAAGGUCGGUGGCCUGGGCUUUCUGGUGAAGCAGAGGGUGUCCAAGCCGCCUGUCAUCGUGUCUGACCUCAUCCGCGGCGGCGCAGCAGAGGAAUGCGGCCUGGUGCAGGUGGGCGACAUCGUUUUGGCUGUCAACAACAAGCCCCUGGUGGAGCUGUCCUACGAACGGGCCCUGGAGACAUUGAAGAACGUGUCGCCCGAGAGCCACGCCGUGCUGAUCCUCCGUGGGCCUGAGGGCUUCACCACCCACCUGGAGACCACCCUGUCUGGAGAUGGCCGCCAACGCACAGUGAGGGUCACACGUCCCGCCUUCCCACCCUCAAAGUCCUACGAGCACUGCUCCCCUCUCAGCCCGUUCAGCCCUGGGCAGCAGCAGCAGGUCAACAAGGAGCCCCAGCUUAGGGCCAUUGAGAACCUGUCCUCUUCAUCCAUCACCCAGUCCCUCCUGCAAAGGGGAGGCGUGCAGGCCCAGGACCCCCUGCUGAUGAGGGACGGGAGCCGUGGAUCUCUCCUGUGCAACGGGAUGGAGGAGAACAACGAGCUGCUGAAAGAGAUCGAACCAGUUCUGCGCCUCAUCAAAAACAGCAAAAAGGAGAUCAAUGGUGAAGGCCAGAGGAAUGCGGGGAGAAGAGAUGCCGAGAUUCAAGUGGCCUGGGACCUUGGCGUGGGAAAUGGCACGUCUCCCCAGCUGGCGUCAGAUAACAACAGAAUGCUGGAAAACAUGCCGGUGGUGCUCCACAACGCUGACACUGACAAGCCCCCGGCCGAGGACAGGACCUCACCAACUAAGUCACUGCAGAAUGGCAGCCCCUCCAAAUGCCCUCGCUUCAUCAAGAUCAAGAACUGGGAGACUGGCACUGUCUACAGCGACACACUCCACCACAGCUCCAGCAAGAUGCCACUCUGUACUGAAAAUGUGUGCAUCGGCUCCGUGAUGAUGCCCAACCAGCAUGCCCGCAAACCAGACGAAGUCAGAACCAAAGAGGAGCUUCUUCCACUGGCCACUGACUUCAUUGACCAAUAUUACACCUCCAUCAAAAGGUUUGGCUCUAAGGCUCAUGUGGACAGGCUGGAGGAGGUGACCAAGGAGAUUGAAACUUCAGGAACGUACCAGCUGAAAGACACUGAACUGAUUUAUGGAGCCAAGCACGCGUGGAGGAACGCUGCACGAUGCGUAGGGAGGAUCCAGUGGUCCAAACUACAGGUUUUUGAUGCUAGAGACUGCACAACAGCUCAUGGAAUGUACAACUACAUCUGUAACCACAUCAAGUACGCCACCAACAAAGGCAACCUGAGGUCAGCUAUCACCAUAUUUCCUCAGAGGAUAGAUGCCAAACAUGACUUUCGAGUGUGGAACUGUCAGCUGAUUCGUUAUGCUGGCUACAAGCAGCCAGAUGGACAGAUCCACGGAGACCCUGCUAAUGUUGAAUUUACUGAGAUCUGCACGCAGCUGGGAUGGAAAGCUCCGAAGGGUCGUUUUGAUGUCCUGCCCCUCCUGCUGCAAGCCAGUGGAAAUGACCCGGAGCUGUUUGAGCUCUCCGAAGACCUCAUCUUGGAGGUGCCGAUCACACACCCAAAGUACGAGUGGUUCAAAGACCUGGACCUGAAGUGGUACAGCCUCCCGGCGGUCUCCAACAUGCUGCUGGAGAUCGGUGGGCUUGAGUUCACUGGCUGCCCCUUCAGUGGCUGGUACAUGGGCACAGAGAUCGGCGUGAGGGACUUCUGUGACAGCUCACGCUACAACAUUCUGGAGGAGGUUGCUAACAGGAUGGCCUUAGACACCAGGAAGACAUCCUCCCUUUGGAAAGAUAAAGCACUGGUGGAGAUCAACAUUGCUGUUCUCUACAGCUUCCAGGUGUGCAAAGUGACCAUAGUAGACCAUCACUCAGCCACAGAGUCCUUCAUGAAGCAUAUGGAGAAUGAGUACCGGGUGCGAGGUGGCUGUCCCGGAGACUGGGUGUGGAUUGUGCCUCCCAUGUCAGGAAGUAUCACACCGGUUUUCCACCAAGAAAUGCUCAACUACCGCCUCACCCCUUCUUUUGAGUACCAGCUUGAUCCCUGGAAUACCCAUGUGUGGAAAGGAGUCAAUGGGACGCCCACAAAGAAAAGAGCCAUCGGAUUCAAGAAGCUUGCCAAGGCUGUGAAGUUUUCAGCCAAGCUCAUGGGCCAGGCCAUGGCCAAGAGGGUGAAAGCCACCAUACUGUUUGCCACAGAGACGGGCAAAUCGCAAGAUUAUGCCAAAACUCUGUGUGAAAUCUUCAAGCACGCUUUCGACGCAAAGGUCAUGUCGAUGGAUGAAUAUGACGUGGUGGACCUGGAGCAUGAGACGCUGGUCUUAGUGGUGACUAGCACAUUCGGCAAUGGUGAUCCACCAGAAAAUGGAGAGAAAUUUGGAGCUGCCUUAAUGGAGAUGCGCCACCCAACAUCCAACACAGAAGAUAGAAAGAGCUACAAGGUCCGUUUCAACAGCGUGUCCUCCUACUCGGACACUCGCAAGUCCUCCAGCGACGAGCCAGAAGUCAAGAUUAACUUUGAGAGCACCGGACCUCUCGCCAAUGUCAGGUUCUCAGUGUUUGGCCUUGGCUCCAGGGCCUACCCACACUUCUGCGCCUUUGCCCACGCUGUGGACACGCUGUUUGAAGAGCUAGGAGGGGAGCGCAUCCUACGCAUGGGGGAAGGAGAUGAGCUGUGUGGCCAGGAGGAGUCAUUCAGAACCUGGGCCAAGAAGGUUUUUAAGGCUGCCUGUGAUGUGUUCUGUGUUGGCGAUGAUGUAAACAUCGAGAAGGCCAACGACUCCUUGAUCAGCAACGACCGCAGCUGGAAGAAGAGCAAGUUCCGCUUGACAUACACAGCUGAGGCCCCGGCCGUCACAGAAGCAUUGCAAAGUAUUCACAAGAAGAAGGUUUACGGAGCGAAGAUGCUAGAAUCUCAAAACUUGCAAAGUCCCAAAUCCAACCGCUCCACCAUAUUUGUGCGACUCAACACAAACAACCACGAAAGGCUGAGCUACCAGCCCGGCGACCAUCUGGGCAUCUUCCCUGGCAACCACGAGGACCUGGUGACAUCUCUCAUAGAUAAACUCGAGGAUGCUCCACCUGUCAAUCAAAUUGUGAAAGUGGAGUUCCUGGACGAGAGGAACACUGCCCUAGGUGUAAUCAGUAACUGGACAAAUGAGACUCGUAUCCCUCCCUGCACCAUCAACCAGGCCUUCCAGUAUUUCCUGGACUUCACCACCCCGCCGAGCCCUGUGCUGCUGCAGCAGUUUGCUGCUCUGGCAACCAAUGACAAACAGAAAAAGAAACUAGAGAUCCUCAGCAAGGGCUUGCAAGAGUACGAGGAGUGGAAGUGGUACAAUAAUCCAACGCUGGUUGAGGUGCUCGAAGAGUUCCCCUCCAUCCAGAUGCCCUCCACUCUGCUGCUCACCCAGCUGCCCCUGCUGCAGCCUCGCUACUACUCCAUCAGUUCCUCUCCAGACCUGCACCCAGGAGAGAUCCACCUCACUGUCGCUGUGGUCUCUUACCGUGCCCGAGAUGGAGAGGGACCUAUCCACCAUGGAGUGUGUUCGUCGUGGCUCAACAGGAUAGAGAAGGGGGAGAUGGUGCCGUGUUUUGUCAGAGGUGCACCAUCAUUCCAACUUCCCAAAGACAACCAAGCACCAUGUAUCCUGGUGGGUCCAGGAACAGGUAUCGCCCCAUUCAGAAGCUUCUGGGAACAGAGACUAUACGACUUUGAACACAACGGAAUUGAGUCGUGCCCCAUGACCCUGGUGUUUGGCUGUCGGCAGUCUGAAAUGGACCACAUCUACAAGGAGGAGACCAUCCAGGCCAAGAACAAAGAAGUGUUCAAAGAUCUCUACACGGCAUAUUCCAGAGAGCCCGACAAACCAAAGAAAUAUGUACAGGAUGUACUGCGCGAGCAGCUGUCAGAGACGGUGUACCAGUGCCUGAGGGAGGAGGGAGGCCACAUCUAUGUGUGUGGGGAUGUUACAAUGGCUGGGGAUGUUCUCAAGACUAUCCAGCAAAUCAUCAAGCAGCAGGCCAACAUGACCCUGGAGGAUGCUGGCUUCUUCAUCAGCAAGCUACGGGAUGAGAACCGCUACCAUGAGGACAUCUUUGGUGUCACCCUGCGCACCUAUGAGGUCACCAACCGGCUUCGUUCAGAGUCCAUAGCCUUCAUUGAGGAGAACAAAAAGGACUCAGAUGAGGUUUUCUGCUUAUAGGUCUUGAAUCGGGGGCUUUCUGACAACAAACCAGUCUGGAGGACACAGCAACGCUGGUUAAAAAAUACUGUGCCAAUUUUUGUACUGUAAAAAAAAAAGGGUUUCUUUCUUUUUUUAUACCACUUUAAUGUUUCUGUUGGUCUCUGCGAUUUUGUCUGUAGCAAGUUGGAAAUGUUCUGUUCUCUGAGAAUCUGUUAUGCUCGUUGAUGAUACUUCCAAAAAUUAUAAAUUGAUCAUUUUGAUUCAUAAUGUGUGCACCUAGUGUAAUGACCUGCCUCAUUGUGAAUGCAUGACCAAGAUGAGAAUAUACUCAAGAAAUAUAAUAUACUCUGUGUUAUUGUUACAGUUAAAAGGCUUUUAUUGAGGUUUUAUAGUUAAGGAAAAGUGUGGCAGUAAUGACAAACUCACAGACAUUUCUGAAGUUUGAAUUAAGUCAACUUUACGUUUCGGAAAAGAAUCAGGGCUGGUCAAAUCUAUCUGGGCUGGUUUUUUUUAAUCAAGUAGUUUCAGGAAAAGUUCAAAGGAUAAAAUAAUUGAAAGCUGUACAGGCAUGCAGAUAGAAAAAACUGAAAGACAGAUAUUGUAUGAGCAAAUUUGGCGUGUUGACAGCUCGCACUGAAUUAUGAAAACAGUGAUUCUGUCCAAGCCUCAACCAACAUAUUAUCUAGCUCUUCACUGGCAGUCCAUCUAAAUGCAUCAGCCUCUGUGCCAGCUCUCGUUCUAGUGGCCUGUCCAUUCUCUACCUAACAUCAUAAUGUUGUUGUGUGUCCCAGCUGGUGCUUGUCCAACCCACAGCGGCUGCAUAGGAAUGUGCAGGGCAGCCAUUAAGGAAGAAGUCUGGAUCUGAGUCAAGACAUAUUUAAAUUAACUCUAAUUAAUGACAAAAAAAUAUAUAUUUAAUCGUCUUUAGGGCUCUCUGAAUUUAAAAUAUCUAAGUAUUGAUGUGUUGAAUACAAUAAAAGAAACGUCAUUUGUCAAAUCAUAUAAUCAUGGUGGAAGGACAUUAUUUUGAAUUCCAAAUGAUUAUUCAGUGAUUAAAUCAGUAUUUUAUAAAUUAAAGGGAUUUUUUGGGAAAUUACGCUUAUUCUCUUUCUUGCCACGAUGUGAAUAUUGAUACCACCCUCAUGUUUUUAGGGUAAAUGUGAAGCUAUAGCCAGCAGCCACUGAGCAGGCAUUUAGACUGACAAAGCAAAGGGUUGCGUUGGUGAGGGUGUGUUCUUUCAUGUAUGAGUCUGAACCUGGACUUAGUUUAGCAUAAAUACUGGAAACAGAAGGAAAUGCAACAAUACUCUCUACCAGCGCACUAAAUAUUAACUUGUUUUCCUCCUGCCACCCUGCGUCCUCAUUUUGGGUCAUUACGUUUUGGGUUUGCUGCACCUUAUAGUUAAUUCUGCUCAACUUAGACCUGUUGCCCUCAUCCAUAGACACUUCUUCUUCUGCCAUCUAGUGGUAGAAAAAGCAUUUAUACAAACAAGAUGGUGGUCAUCUCAACCAUAUCAAUCUACAGCCAAUCCCAAGAAAAAAGUGGACAAGGUACAAAUCUUCAUCAAAUUUUAGAGUUGAAACUUAUCUAUUUAUACUUAAUAAUUGUUGUUUGAUAUGGAAUACUAGUUUGACAAAUUGUAUCAAGCUAGGACCCUUCUAAUUAGGAAGCACGUUUGAGGACAUUGGGACUUUAUUAGCAUUUCACACAGGCCAAUAGAUGUGACAGCCUGUUCCUACAGACAAAAGAACACUCUUGGUUUGAAGUAUGUAAGCAACAGUACAUACUUUGUAAGGGCAGCUGCUGUACAUACUAAAAUUAAAACGAAAAAGUAUGCGAUUUGAAACACAGCCUAUGGCUGGACUUUUUCUUGGCUGGAAGCAGGAAGUGCUCUGUUUCAAUUAGUGAGCUUUAGAUGUGAAGGGUAUGAAGAUUGUGUUAUAUUUGGAUAGAGCCAAGCUAACCGUUUCCCCUGUUUCCAGUCUUUCUACUUUGCUAUGCUAAGGCUCCUGGCUAUAGCGUCGUAUUUACCGUACAAAUGGUAUCGAUUUUCUGAUCUAACUUUGUCAAACUAUUCCUUUUAAAAAUUACGUAUCUCUGUAACAAAACAUUGUUAAAUGACGUAAAAAUGUGACCUGUUGAGCUUAAAAUGUGAAUUUAUCAAGAUCAUACCUCCUCUGGCCUUACAUUAACUCUCUGCCUACAUACAGCACAUUCAUUACUUCUUGUGUCUCUGCAUGAUUGUGGGCAACCCUACAGCUCAUACGCCACCCUUUCACUGUGACCUGACACCUGCUCAGUAGCAUCUGUGUGUGUGUGUGUGCGUGUGUGUGCGCCAUAGAAAUCAUAAGUCUGCGCAUCUCUAUACGAGUGGGUGUAAAGCAUGCAUGUGCUCAGGUGUAUGUUUUUACAUGAUUAUUCUGCUUGUUGUCUGUUACCUUGUCAAACUGGUCAGAUUUUAAAAUAAGCAUGAAUUUGUUGCUCUGUGAGUCACACAAGCCUGCAAAUCUUACAGAUGGUGUUUUGGUACCAGGAAACUGCCCACAUGGCUUUUUUAGUUUUGAUCUCAGCAGUUCAGUUAUAUUAUAAUAAUAAGUUCCAGUGAAGUUUUAUCAUUCAGGGACAAGAGGCAAUCACACUGCCGCUGUGAUCAUUUGCUGCUUUCCAAUGAGUCAGGGUUGUAAUUUGAAUAUAUUCGUGCAGGGGCCACGCAGUAACUUGUGGCUUUUCUUGUCAGCUUCUGAGUCUUGUUUGUUCCCUUUCUUUGUCUUUGAUUCAAAGAUAACUGUUUGCAUGAUUAACGGAUUUCAAUGUGAUUUUCAAACGUCCCUCACAGCUGCCGAGAAUGUUAAUUUUUUUGGGCCAUUUUUUUUUCUUUUUCUGAGAUCAACUUUUUUUUACUGCCGGGAGAAACUGGGUGAUUCCCCCAUGUCCCCACUGUUGCUCUUCCGGAUCAAUGUCUCCUCUGUAUGAUUUGUUUCAACAUAUUUAGUUUAAUUGGAAUGGGAGCCAUCAAGAAAACGUCUGUGAUGUAAAAUGUGCAGCAGGACAACAAUUGAUACAAGUUAUAGCUUCUAUAUAUAGCUUCUAUAGAUAUAUAUUCAAAGACAAAGUAUAAAAUAUAAAGAGUAUCACUUGGAUCUUUUCUAAGAAUGUAUUUUGAUUAUGUAAAUGAGCACUAUGAUUCUGCUUGAGUUAAAAAAAAAAGAACAAAAAAAGGCCUAUUCUACGGUGUCUCUCAUAUCCUUUAGGUAUGGGGAUAAAACAGCA